ACCCCCCAAAAUAAGGAAAGACCAGUCGAGUCAUAAUGUCAAAGUCAACGCAUUUUUCACUACACAAGAACACUGUAUGUCGGCGUCAAAGUCAAACCCUGUGAAUGUGAUGACAACCCAAAUGGGGGAGCUGGCCGGAGGCGAAAACAUUCACCUCUUCUUCCUCCGAUCUACGUUUUUGUUGGUCCCAAAAUCUCCUACCCUUUUCUCUUUCUCUUUCUCUAAAUGGGUUUCUCACUCUUAAUCUCCUUCCUUUUAUGCUGCGCUUUCCUCCCAUCUUUUACCUUCUCAGGCUCCAUCUCCACGCACUCCGUCAGCCCCAACUUCACCGCCUCAAACUUCCAAUUCAUCGACUACUCGGGGACUUUCUUGAUCUCCCAAAAUGGCACUUUCAAAGCCUCUAUUUCCGGCACCAAGAUUCAGCCCUCUCGCUAUUACUUCUCUGUCACCCACGUCGCCUCCAACUCCACAUCUGGUCCGCCAACCGCAACGCAUUCAUGUCAGACUCAGACAAUCUGUCUCUAACCAUCAACGGCCUCUCAGUCACGAACCAGGCUGAUCAUCAAGUACUAUGGUCGACCCCGCCGUUGAAGUCUGAAGUUGCUGCUAUGCAACUUCUGGAAACGGGGAACCUCGUAUUGGUCGACGCACGAAAUGUUACGCUGUGGGAGAGUUUUGAAUAUCCCACGGACACUAUUGUCAUUGGACAGCGUAUCCGUGCCGGAAGGUCAUUGCAAAGUGCCGUGUCGGACGGAGACAUGUCGGUGGGUGAUUAUCAGCUUGAGGUUACCGACGGGGAUGUUCUGCUGCAGUGGAAUAGGAUGACGUAUUGGAAGCUGUCCAUGGAUGCCAAGGCUUACAAGGACUCGAAUGCGGAGGUCUCGUUCAUGGCGAUGAACGCCACCGGUUUGUAUUUGUUAGGGAGUGAUGGAUCAACGGUUGUGAGUCAGGUAGUUUUGAAUGGCCCAUCAAGUUUUAGAAUUGGCAAAUUGGGAUCUGAAGGCAGAUUUACGAUCAGCAGCUUCAUUAAUUAUGAUUGGGUUCAAGAACUCAAGAAGCCGGAUGAAGAUUGCCGUAUUCCUUUCAUUUGCGGAAAAAUUGGAUUGUGCACGGGUGGAACUUGUACUUGUCCACCAGGAUUCCAUACUCAAAUGAGUGGUACUGAUUGCACGCCAAUGGAUACUUCUCUUUCUCUGCCUUCGGCUUGCAAUGAAACCAGAAAUAUUGGCAGCCAAUUCAACUCCUCUGUUUCGUAUCUGGGACUGGGCUAUGGUAUGGACUAUUUUGCUAAUAAUUUCAUAGAGCCUGUGAGGCGUGGUGUCAAUUUGUCGGUUUGCCAAGAUCUAUGCUCUCAAAAUUGUUCUUGUCUUGGCAUUUUCCUUGGAAAUUCUUCUGGCGGAUCUUGUUAUCUUCUUGAAAACCAUUUAGGCUCAAUCUUUUUUACCCCCAAUAAUCAAAGUUUGGGCUAUAUUAAAGCUUUGGUGAACUCUUCUGCUGAAAACCCAACUGGGGAAAACAAGAGAUUCCCAAUAGCCGGUUUGGUACUAAUACCUUCAUCCGGAUUCUUCUUACUAACCAUCAUUGUAGUCCUCGCAAUCCUUUGGUGGAGAAAAAAUAGGCUUUCUAAAGGCGGAAAUGAAAAAUUGCGGCGGCUUUACUCGUCAUCGUCUGCAGAGCUAGAGAUAAUCUACAUCCCAGGCCUACCGAAAAGGUUCAACUAUGAAGAAGUUGCAGUUGCUACUGAGAAUUUAAAGACCCAGAUUGGCAGUGGAGGCUUUGGUACUGUAUACAAAGGUACUCUCUCAGACAAAAGCGUUGUGGCGGUGAAGAAGAUUAGCAGUUUGGGUGUCCAAGGGAAGAAGGAAUUCUGUACUGAGAUUGCAAUAAUUGGGAACAUCCACCAUGUCAAUUUGGUUAGGCUGAUAGGUUUUUGCGCGCAACGGAGGCAGCGAUUUCUUGUGCUUGAGUAUAUGAACAGAGGUUCGUUGGAUCGCACACUCUUCGGAAAUGGUGCUCCUGCUCUAGAAUGGCGAGAAAGAGUGGAAAUAGCACUCGGAACAGCACGGGGACUUGCUUACUUGCAUAGCGGGUGCGAGCACAAGAUCAUUCACUGUGAUGUCAAGCCAGAGAAUAUUCUCUUGCAUGACGAUUUGCAAGUGAAAAUCUCAGAUUUUGGGAUUUCUAAGCUGCUAAGUCCCGAACAAUCCAGUCUGUUCACGACAAUGAGAGGAACUCGAGGCUAUCUUGCACCCGAAUGGCUGACGAGCUCCGCCAUUUCUGACAAGAUUGAUGUGUAUAGUUAUGGGAUGGUAUUGCUAGAGAUUGUGAGGGGAAGAAAGAAUAAUAGCAUUGAAGGAAUAUAUUUCCCUCUAUUUGUGCUAGAAAUGCAUGAGCAGAGCAAGUAUUUGGAGCUGGCGGACCCGAGGGUUGAGGGACGGGUGACAAGCCAACAAGUUGAGAAGCUCGUGCGGAUUGCCUUGUGUUGUGUACACGAAGAGCCGGCGCUGAGACCGCCGAUGGCUAGCGUUGUCGGCAUGUUGGAAGGUGGAUUGGCUAUAGGUGAGCCAAGGGUCGAGUCGCUAAACUACUUGCGGUUCUAUGGCCGGAUAUCCACCGAGAUAUCAACAAUGGCAAUGGAAGGGUCGAAUGGGCAGAAUGAGUUCCCUUAUUUUAAUGCUACUUCUAGUGGUUCAUACAACUCACGGUCUUAUAUCUCUUCACAGCAAGUCUCGGGUCCCCGGUAGUGCUCUCAUUCCAGUUAUACGAUGGAUAGUUGUAUAAAAGUUUGCUAAAUAGUAAUUAUUUUGAGGAUUUUGACAGGUUUAUUAAUAAAGAAAUGCUAUUUUGCGUCUA